AUGUCUACAAUUAUCAUUCUCCUGGGCCCACCCGUUUAUAUUAUAUACCCCUACGUCGGCCUACCCAUCUAUGCAAUAUAUGUCUACCAUUGGCCCACCCUCGAGGAUAUAUCUACCUUCGGCCCAUGGUCCGCUGGCCCGUAUCAUACGGGAUAUUAUGCAUGUCCGUUCACUCGUAUAAUACGGAGAUAUGUUACUGCAAUAUGUGAUGACAUCAAUGGUCAUGCAUACCUCCUAGAUGCUGAAACCCAUGAGGUGAUCUUCAUUGCUAACGCUCCCACAGCCCCUACCUCAGGUACCACUACACCCACCAAAGAGUUUACUGGGCUUGCCUAUGAUAGUCCUACAUUAGUGUUUAUCGAGGAACUCCCAGAGGAUGUGUAUGAUGCACUCCUUGCUGCUGUUGACCUACAAGCCAGUAUUGACUGGUGUACACACUCUCAGGCUGUUGACUUUGCGGGUCUCACCUAUAAGGCACCAAAUCAGUGCACAUGUACUCCCAUUGAUCCAUCUAUCAUCUCAUUCUUUCUUGAUAGUGGUGCCUCUGUGCAUAUCAGCAACACUAAAGCAGAUUUUGACACCUUGUACCCCACCUGUCAUAUACCAUAUAUCCGGGUACAGAUCCAAUCCAGAUCUGAUGGACAUAUCCAUCGUCUGGUCCACAGAUCCAAUCUGAUUCUUAUUUCAUGUCCUGUUCAUAUAACUCUAACUAUUGUUCAUCUCCUUUCGGUAUUCCUGUACACCGGUAAUCUGGUUAUCUUUACUUCCGCUAUGCUUACUGAUCUACUUUAA